AUGAAAAUAGGAAAUGAAAGUACUUCAGAGCAUGAUUUGGACAUAUGUGGCAUUUCACUGUCCUCUUCAUAAACCAAAUUGCCAAAUUAAAGUAACAAUUCUGAAGACAAGACUCAAAAAAACGAGACUACUAAAAAAAACAUAUAAACAAUUAAAGACAGAGACGAUCUACAAGGUUCGGUAUCGUUGAAUGAUUUAAAUAUCUUGGGACUGAAGGAUUAUUAUUUAGGAUCUAAUGAUAAUCUUUUGGAGACAAAGUCAAAACUAAAUUAAGAUAAUAUUGAAAGUCCAGGGAUGGAUUUUCAAUAAAACGAAUAGUUAAACACCAAAUUAGAUCAACUAGGUUUUAAGUUAAAUGAAGUGAUUGGCCACUAUCUUAACGAACUCACUAAUCAACCAAGAUUAUCUUUCGAUUCGUUUCCCUUGUAAAAUAGUGAAAAUUUAGAUGAAGAACAACAACAAUAGAUUUUAGAUUAUGAAUUGCAAGCUAUGAGAUAACGCAUAUAUAGACAAAUUGUAGAUAAAAUAAAUCUUUCUGUUAUCCAAUCUGUGAGUUCUUUUGGCUCAUCUUGUUAAUUACCUUCAUAAUCUAAUAUUAUUUAAGCAGCCUUUUCUAAAGAACUGAUCAACAGCACAACUCAUAUCUCUUAAAUAUCAUCAAUUUCACCGCGAAAAUCAAUUUCACAUUCCAUUUUGGAUUAACAAUUGCAAAUCCAUCAAAGCAUUCAUUGUAUAUAACCAAAAACAAACAAAAACAUUGAAGAUUCAGCCAUUCAGAUGACUGAAAAUGAAAAAACUAAGGAGGAUUUGUAAAACAAACUAAAAAUGUCUUUAUGUUUAAAUUAAAAAUAACAUUACUUCAAUAAUUAACUCAAAGAGGAACUUUCAAAAUUGGAAAAAAGGAAUUCAAUUUCAGAUAAUAAUAAUGAAGAUAAAGAUCACAAUAACUUAUAUAUAGAGAAUCAAAGAUUGAGAGAAGAAAAUCUAAAAUUGAUCGAAUUCAUUGAAAAGAAGUUAUGCGAUUAAUGUAAAACAAUUCCAAAGGAUUUCUGA